AUGGAAAUAACAUUAUUUAGAUUAAUAUUUAAUAAUAUAUUUUUAAAAAAGUUUAUAUUUGAUAAAGUUUAUGUUGUUUGUAAGUUGGGGUGUGAACAACAUUUCAGUUGGAGUGAAUUGAUAAAGAUACCAAAAGUUUUGACAGGUCAUAGUUAUUUUCAUCAAUUAAAACAUUAUAUAUCGACUAGUGGUACUAGAAACAUUAGAAUCAAUGAAUAUGAAAAGAAACUAAACUACCAUUGUUCAACAGAGAUCUUUAGAAAUGCAAUCAAGUGUGGUACCGUUGAAAUGUUGCAAUAUCUGAUCGAUCAUCUCAAUGUCGAUAUUGAGAAUCACAUUGAUAUUCGAUCUCGUUACAAUCAUCGAAAGGCUUCCGAAGAUAUGUUUUAUGAAUCGUACAGUACGUUGAAUAGUAUUCUGUUUGGAGCAUCACAAUAUGGUAGAUUAGAUAUGAUCCGUCAUCUUUUAGAGAGAUAUCCAAUAUAUGGAUGGAAUUUUCAUAGAGCAUUAGUUAAAGCACCACUUUCCAAAGAUAUCGAGGUGUUGAUGUUCUUUGUUGAGAAAUCUAUUGGUAUAGCUAAAGACCUAUCACAUACAAACAAUGUAUUUAACAUGGCAUCGAUAGUUGGAAGUAUUGAAAUGAUUCAAUAUCUAUGUGUCAAUCGAUCAUGUGACUUGUCAACCUGUAAUGUGUUUUUAUAUGCUAUCAAGUCUGGACAUUUAGAGUUUAUAGAAUUUCUAUUUUCAAACACCGAGUAUUAUCAGCAAUUCAUUGGAAAAGAUAAAGAUUAUUUAAUCAUGUCGGCAGCAAUGAACAAUCAUUCUGAAAUAGUAAAGUUAUUAAUAAAGAAUGGUUUUCAAAGUAAUAGUAAUCUAUGCAAUGAGUUUUGUCGACAUGGAAAUUUACCAAUGUUAAAAUGGAUAAAAGAGAAUUCAAGUGAUGCUUUUACAGAUAAAUCAAUUAAUUAUGCUGCUACCAAUGGUCAUUUGGAGGUGGUGGUAUGGAUUUGUCAGAAUACAACUUUUGAAUGUUCUUUGACUACUUGGUCAAGAGCUGCCGAGAAAGGACAUCUUCAAGUACUCGAAUGGAUUGCCAAUAACACAACUAUACCAAGAUUUUCAUUCGAUGCUUUUGAAAAGGCUGUCGGUAAUGGUCAUCUCUCUGUUAUCGAAUGGUUACACAAAAACAACAAUCAAACAAUACCAUACCAAAGUGAAGUAAUGGAUAUCUCUGCAAAAAGUGGUGAUUUAAAUCUUUUAAAAUGGAUGUAUGAUAAUAUUAAACUUCCAUUUACAAAGAAAGCAAUUAAAUAUUUAGUAAAUGGUAAUCAUAUGGAAGCUUUGAAAUGGCUUUAUGAAAAUGGUGGAAUCGAUUGUUCUGGUGGUUCAAAAUUAAUGAAAUCUGCUGCCAAGAAUGGACACAUAGCUAUAUUACAAUGGUUGAAUGAUAAUAUACAGGAAGAGUGUAGUUAUGAUUCAAUGGUUGCACCAGUUUUACAAGGUGACCUCAACACAAUGAUAUGGUUGCAUCAAAAUAGAACUGAAAUAAAGUGUUCCAAUAGAGAAAUGGUUGUGGCAGCAAGAGAAGGACACCUAGACAUUCUACAAUGGUUAAACGAGAAUCGUAGUGAUGCAUUUUGUAGUAUCGAGGCAAUGGAGAUGGCAUUCCUAUCUGCACAUUCUAACGUUGCCAAAUGGUUACACACUAACCGAACAGAUUGUAAUCUUGGACUCAUCGAUAUGGAAAAUCUAAAAGACUCUCUAUUCAGAUAUGAUAGACCACAUAUUAUUAAAUGGGUAAUAUCAGAGAUACCCAAUGAUAAACUAAAUUAUCUUUAUCAAUUAUUAUUAGAGGAUCAAUAUGUAAAUAAUACAUCAAAGAAAAUAUUAAAAGAUUAUUUAUCAGAUAUUGUUUUUUAA